UCAACUGCCGAAAACAAUCGGAUCGACUCACCUUAUCUUGUGAAUUUGCGAAAAUGAAAACAAACGAAAUACGCGUAGAAUGUACAUCUCUGUACUCAGUUGAUGAACGAGUGAAAACAUUUAAUAACUGGCCAUUUAACGAUAAAAACAGAUGCAACGUCCGAAACAUGGCGGAGGCUGGAUUUUAUUCGGUUGCUACGGGAGACGACGAUGCUGAUGCCGCCAAGUGUUUUCUGUGCGGCAAGGAGCUGGAUGGUUGGGAGCCCAACGAUGACCCUUGGUCGGAGCACAAAAGUCACGCCCCAAAGUGCGCUUUUGCACAACUUGGAAAGAAAGAGGACGAACUUUUGUGUUCAGAGUUCCUGUCCGUGAUAAAACAGUACAUGAUCAACAAGCUGAAUCAAGAAGCUGAAGCUCUAAAAUCGUUACUUGAUGAUAAAGCCAAAACAGUGCGGAGAACUUGCUUGAAACUGUAAUCCG